AUGGUUCAUCUCAAGUCUCUCGCAGGCAUUCUCCUGUACACCUCGCUCUGUAUUGCUAGCAGUCAACAAGCCCCUGCAAGCAUCAACAAUGCUUUCGUAGCCAAGGGCAAGAAGUACUUUGGCACCUGUGCGGAUCAGGGCACAUUGUCUGAUGGCACCAAUUCGGGCAUUAUCAAAGCUGAUUUUGGCCAACUAACUCCGGAGAAUAGCAUGAAGUGGGAUGCUACGGAGCCAUCGCAGGGCAAGUUCAGCUUUAGCGGAGCAGAUUACUUGGUAAACUAUGCUGCCACAAACAACAAGCUGAUCCGUGGACACACCUUGGGUAUGUUGCAGACCCAGCAACGGUUGUAUGCAGAGAAACUCAUCAGUACAGUGUGGCAUUCCCAACUCCCAUCAUGGGUUCAGGGCAUUACAGACAAGAAUACGUUGACUUCCGUUUUGAAGAACCAUAUCACCACUGUCAUGAAUCGUUACAAAGGCAAGGUUUAUGCCUGGGAUGUGGUCAAUGAAAUCUUCAAUGAAGACGGCACAUUGCGGUCCAGCGUGUUCUACAAUGUCCUUGGGGAGGACUUUGUUCGUAUUGCGUUUGAAACGGCUCGUGCGGCUGACCCCCAGGCCAAACUUUACAUCAACGACUAUAACCUCGAUUCUGCCAACUACGGCAAGACCACAGGUCUGGCUAAUCAUGUUAAGAAAUGGAUCGCCCAAGGCAUCCCUAUUGAUGGGAUCGGUUCCCAAACCCAUCUUAGUGCUGGUGGUUCAUCUGGCGUAUCUGAAGUCGCUAUUACUGAGCUGGAUAUUGCCGGAGCUAGCUCUAACGAUUAUGUGAACGUAAGUCGCGGAAUUGUGUAUUACCCGGAACUGUCUAAUUGGACACAGGUUGUGGAGGCCUGUUUGGAAGUCUCAAAGUGUGUUGGAAUUACUGUUUGGGGUGUUUCUGACAAGAACUCUUGGCGUUCAGCCGAAAGCCCAUUGCUUUUCGAUGGCAAUUACCAACCGAAAUCCGCUUACAACGCCAUUCUUAACGCCUUGUAA